GCGAGCGAUCGGCGGGGCGAUCAGGGAGGGAGGGAAGCUGCAUGCGUCGCCCGUCUCCCUCGCCAUCCCCACCGCCUGCCCCCUCCCAUUUUGCCUCCCCCUCUCCUUGCCGGCCGGGUUGCAGGCAGGGCGCGCUCCAGCUCUCUGCGUUCCCCUCGCCGGGAACCUGAGCUGAUCAUUUUCAUUUCCUUUCCCACCGGGUCGCUCCGUCGUCUAUUAAUUAGGAGCAGACGAUCGAUCGACAACGCCCAAUUCGUUCGUUUCAGUCCUCGGCUGCCAUUUGGAUUUGAUCCGGCUGGCCGGCCGGGCCAUGCGCUGGAGCUGAGAUAGGCUGGCGCCGACCACCGAUAUCGCCUGUGGUUCUCUCUCCCCCCCUCUCUCUUGUCCGGUCCGGGAGGGGAGGAGAGAAGACCAGAAGGACCACCGACGACACUUCGCGGCGGCGACGAAGGAGGAGUGGUAGUGUGGGGAGACGAAGACGACAUACCGGCUGAGAUGGCGACGGCGAUGGAGACGACGAUGCCGAGGAGCGGGGUAAUAGAAGGCGGCGGCGGUCUGAAGAAGGGCCCGUGGACGCAGGCGGAGGACAGGGUGCUGCUGGACCACGUGCGGCGCCACGGCGAGGGCAACUGGAACGCCGUGCGCCGGGAGACCGGGCUGCAACGCUGCGGCAAGAGCUGCCGGCUCCGGUGGGCCAACCACCUCCGCCCCAACCUCCGUAAGGGCCCCUUCUCCCCCGAGGAGGAGCGCCUCAUCCUCCGCCUCCACGGCCUCAUCGGCAACAAGUGGGCGCGCAUCUCAUCACAGCUGCCCGGGAGGACGGACAACGAGGUCAAGAACUACUGGAACACGCGCUUCAAGCGCCGGCAGCGCGCCGGCCAGUCGCUCUACCCGCCGGACGUUGAGCGGGAGAUCGCCCUCAUGCGCGCCCACAACGUCAACCCGUUCGCCGACGCGGACGGCAACGCCCUGGCGCCGCCGUUCUCGGACCCGUUCGCGCUGCCGCCCAGGCCGCCGCCGUGCAUCAAAUCGGCCUCUCACCCUCACUCCUCGCCGCUGAUCAACCAACACUACCCGCUCCUCAACCAGAUGCAGGGCAUGCAGGUGCGCCACCACGCCACUCAUCACGCGCACCCGCAGCCGGCGUUCCAUCACCACCACGGCGGCAUCAGGGCGGCGGGGCUCCCGCCGUUGCCGACCAGGCCGCGCGCGCUCCCUUCGAACCAAAUCGAGACGGCGAGCUGCUGCGGCGACGACGGCCUGCUGGAGGCGCUGCUGCUCGGCGUCGACGAACAUCAACCGCCUCGUCCGACUCCCAACCAUGCCGUGUGCAAGGCGGGCUCCAUGCCCGAUCUCAUGUACGGCGGCGUCCCGAGCGUGAGCGACAGCGACGUCACCUCGCAGUUCCCUCCCGGCGGCCAGGACCCGCACCAUGGCGGGAAAUGGGACUUCCUCAUCGAUGAUGCCAAGCCGACAAUGAGGAGGGCGACGGAGAACGGGACCUCCGGUAUGUUUGGUGUGGCUAUAUCGGGUGAGUGGUUCGGAGCCAACGUCGGGUCGCCAGGUCCGUCGUCUGUCGUCACCACGGACGACGAGUUCGGCCUCGAGAUGCAGCAGCUCAUGUCAUCGUUGCCACUGUCAGCCGACGAGCUUAACUGGAACGCUUAAUUGGCAAAAGAAAAAUGGGAAAUUAAAGACAUAGGGGAUCGAUGGUGUUUGUUUAUGCAUGUGGGAGCAGGAGAUGCCUUCUUUUCUUUUUGUAUCCAGUGAGUCGUCUUGUUGGAUGAUGCUAAUGAUGCUAUAAGAAGCGUUUCGCCCCGUGAUCA